UGAAGGUGCGAACACGUGACACCGCCGUGGCGCCGAGCGACAUCAUCACGCUGGUGGCGGGCCGCAGGAGGAGGAGGAGACUGCAAAGGUGUGACCUCCAUCGCCCGAGUGGCCUCCGAGUCAUUCAGAGGACCUGGAAGAAGACGACAGCUUCAUUUUGCUUUUGUAAAAGAGUCUAAUAUCUUUUAAAAGUUGCACCGACAUCAUGAAUUUGUUGUUUUUCGUCCUUCUGGCCGUGCAAAUGCAGAGCGUGUCUCCCGUGAUUCACGGACUGGAGUAUUUCAUAUAUAUAGAAUCUGAAGAUUCAAACAUCAUAAAGUACAAAGAAGUGUGCCACCUGGAUGGAGUUAAGAUUACGCAAUAUGACGACACCAACAGGAACGUCCUCCCCCAACAGAACUGGAUGAAGAAGAUCACAGCAGAGGAUCCACAGUACUGGCAGAGAGCGACAGAGACCAGUGUUGCUGCUGAGCAUUUCUGUACAAGCAUGUAUGAACCUCACAUGAAGUAUUACACCAGACCUGAAGAUACUUACCUAGCUCAGUGGGAUUCUGGAUGCCAAUGGAAUGACGACACUGAUGAGGUCACAGGUUGGUAUUGGGAUAUGUUUGAUGGAGAAGAUGACUUUGUGGAAGACCAGCCAUUGACAUGGACCGCAGCAAAAGAACAAACGGAUCCCCCCCGGCUGAUCUGGGAGGACGGCAUAGCUCCACCAGUGUACUUAAAGGACUAUGUUGAGAAUUGUACUUCUUACUUGAAGAAGUACUUGAGUGUCCUAUUGAGAACAGACCUUCCAAUGGUGUCUCUAAACCAGACGACACAGUCUUCUCCAUUCAGCUGCAACGCAACAGGUUUCUACCCCGAUAAAGCCGUCAUGUUUUGGAGGAAAGACGGCGAGAAGCUCCUUGAGGGUGUGGAGCAAACAGAAAUGCUCGAAAACCAGGACGGAACCUUCCAGAUGUCGGUGAACCUGAAUGCGACGGGCGACAUGGAGGGCAAGUAUGAAUGUGUGUUUCAGAUGACUGGUGUCAAGGAGGACAUCGUCACCAAGCUGGAGAGCAGAGGCGUCCUGAGCAACUUGAGCGGUGAAGACCUCAAUACAACCACAUCUGGUGACACAACCACUGAGAGCCAAGCCACGAUCCGACCUAGUACCACCAGUGGCAGCUUCGAUGUCACCACUGAGAGCAACAAAACCACCACCCGACCUAGUACCACCAGUGGCACCUUGGAUGUCACCACUGAGAGCAACAAAGCCACCACCCGACCUAGUACCACCAGUGGCACCUUGGAUGUCACCACUGAGAGCAACAAAGCCACCACCCGACCUAGUACCACCAGUGGCACCUUGGAUGUCACCACUGAGAGCAACAAAACCACCACCCGACCUAGUACCACCAGUGGCACCUUGGAUGUCACCACUGAGAGCAACAAAGCCACCACCCGACCUAGUACCACCAGUGGCACCUUGGAUGUCACCACUGAGAGCAACAAAGCCACCACCCGACCUAGUACCACCAGUGGCACCUUGGAUGUCACCACUGAGAGCAACAAACCCACCACCCAACCAACUCUUGAGCUCAGCAAGGCCAAAGAUCUUCUGGAAGGGAAACAGACACAAUUAGAAGACAAGGUGUGCGUCAUCUGUGUUGUUGCCACGUCGGUGAUCCUUACGGCGGUGUUCUGUCUGUUGGUCAUCAUCAUCACCGUGAUGGUCAAGCGUUACAGGAAGAGACAUGCUCCCGAUCCGGUCGUCCUUAUCUCAAUGAGUACGCUGGCUGAGUGAGACACGGCAGAUGGACUGCUUGUGCACUGGAACACUGAGAUGUCUCCAUCAUCAUUUCACUUGGAGAUGAGAUGUACUUUGUUCUUCAUGAUACAUUAGUAUUAUACUCAUGUUUUACCAUGCAAUGGCUCCUUUGGAUGCUUAGAAAACAUGUUAUGAUCAUAUCAUGUUUUUGGUGUUUCUUACUGAUUUUAAUCUUUAAGUGUGUGUUGAAAUGCAAGCUAAGAGUCGUGGUAUCACCACUGUUUAUAGAUGAAUAUCAUGUGUCACAUUUAUUUCAAUGAAUCAAUUUGUUCAUUUUGGUUCUUAAAGGAGGACCAAUCAGAAAGUCAAUUCAAGAGAACACAUGAAGAGACCAAGAGAAACAAUUAUGUUUUUUACAGCACAAACUGAAAACCAAAUAAGAUUAAAUACCUGAGAUGAAAGCAUAAAGUAUUAUAAUUUGGUAUCACCUUACAUUACUAACAAUAAGCUCCAUGAUAUGCCAAAUAUGGAUUUGUCAAAAUUCAAGUGGAAUGUUCUUGUUCUGUUGGUGGACACUCGUUAAAAGCAAUACCAUUCCAGUGUGACCACAGCGUUGUCUCUCUAUUUUUAGUUAAGUCAUUUUAGAGUUUACCUUUGACUAAUAACCUUUAACAGUUAAUUUUGUUUGACCAGAGUGACAAUUUAAAUGUUGAAAAGUUAGAUGCCUGCAUUACACAAGUGAUAUUAAUCAUGAAAAUUAAGAUUAUUUUUCUUUUUGCAGCGGCAAGCCUUCUUAACAUUAUUGUACGAAUAAUGUUAAAAUAACAUUGUUAAUUGUGUCGAUAAUAAAGAUUUUUUGAUUGCAA